AUGACCGGAGUUCAUCUCAUCGCCACCCUUCGACCGGCUCCCGGCAAAGCGGCCGAGCUCCGACAGAUCCUCUGUGAAACCGCACGAAAUGUGGAACAGGUCGAACCCAGCUGUUUGACUUUCCUUGUGACGGAAUGUCACCGGCCCGAUGGCGCCGUAGAAUUCAAAGUUGUGGAAAGAUGGGCAAGUCAGGAAGCCCUUGAGCAGCACCAGCAACGAGCCUGGCUGCGCACCAUGUACGCGACCUUUGAUGAGAAGCACUUGUUAGAGAGACCGGAGGAGAUUGAGAUGCUGGCGCUCAUCUCGGGGUUUGCGGCACGCUAGAACGGACGCUCUUGUUCAGGACAUUCUGCCUCUUUCCUAAUGCUUACCUUCCCUACGGCAUGGCUAGAUGUACCCCCAUGUAACACGGGCGGAUUGAUGUUGGCCACCCAGC